AUGAAACUAGUAAAACUCAAAGAACAUAUUGUUUCAUUACAUCCUCAACAUUCAUCAGAUAAUUCGGAAGUAUUCCAAACAAAAAAGGCACGUUUUGAAAAAGGUGGUACAUUAACCAACCUUGUAUUUGUACCUCUACAAAAACCAUGA